AUGAAUGAGACCAGAGUGUUUGUCUACUACACGGGAGGGACGAUCGGCAUGGUGCCAGGGAAAAAUGGUGAGGUACCUGCGAAUCCGGGAGACUUCACCGCAGAGCUGCGCAGACACCCAGAGCUCUUUGACAAGGAAGAUGGGGACUGGUUUGUGCUACCUUCAAAGGCCACAGCAGAUUGCCCAGAACAAUUCAUUGUGAAGUAUCAAGUGGAAGAGGUAAAGAAGCCCAUCGACUCUUCCAAAAUCACUCCAGAACACUGGGAGCACUUCACCAAUAAAAUACUGAAGAAACAAACACGCUACGAUGGUUUUGUUCUCCUCCAUGGGACGGACACGCUGGCCUACACCUCCUCUGCUCUCUCCUUCCUCCUCAAGGACUUCAAGAAGCCAGUGGUGAUCACAGGAGCGCAGCGCUCAGUGUUUGAACCUCGCAGUGACGCAGUGGAGAACAUCCUGGGAUCUCUCCUCAUCGCCGGCUGCUAUUGCGAGACCCCUGCACUACAACUGGUGUCAGUGUUAUUUGACAACAUGGUUUUUCAGGGGAACAGGGUGACGAAGAUUGACUGCUCUGCUUUCCAUGCCUUCAGCAGCCCCAACAGUCUGCCCCUGGUGGAGCUGGGAGUGACUAUCAAGGUCAAUGCAAUGUCCUCUUCACCUGUCCCCUCUCCCUCCCCCUCUCCCUGCUUCUCUCCCUACCUCCCUACCAGCCUCUGUCCCCUUCUCUGUUCCCUCUCGCUCUGUGAUGUGUCUGAUGUCCGAGUGCUGAGACUCUUCCCAGGAAUUAAAGAGGAAUACGUGCGUAGCGUGCUGUCCGGGGCGGGGGGUGUGAUUUUGGAGACCUACGGGUCGGGGAACGCCCCAGAUGAUAAGUGGUUCCUCGAAGCUCUGAAACAGGCCAAUAGGCACGGCGUGUUUCUGCUCAACGUCACCCAAGUACUCCAGGGAUCUGUCAUGCCCAUCUACCAGACCUCGAAGGGUCUGAGAGAGGCUGGGGUGUUGUCUGGAUAUGACAUAACUUCUGAAGCUGCUCUUACCAAGAUGAUCUGGACUCUGAAGAAAUACACGACCCAGGAACAACGCAAGAAAGCAUUAGAGACCAGUGUGUGUGGGGAGAUGACAGUGACAAUAAGCCCAGACCCUCCUCUGAUCUGAACUCAGGACCUCCCUCCGCACAUGCUACCCAGCAUUAUGCAAACAGACUGCACCCAACCCAUCCCUGACACCCCACUCCCCCUUUCUGCCUUGCCUGUGGCCAAUAAAGCUUAGUUUGCAGUAUAAUCUGUCUCUGUCGCUCUCUGUGUGUUUGUUUCACUAAUACGACUGGAAGUGAAUGAUUAUUUCUAUUUGCAGACUUUUAAAAAGGUCUCCCAGCUAUUAUUAGGGGUCCAAGCAACACUAUUGUUAUGGUUAGGAUUAUUAGACUUCCAAGCCCAUGUCCAUUUGCUCCAGGCAAGGGAACCCAGAUUGCGUGCAAAAAGGAAGGCAUGACCGCUCUAUUCACAUUAAUACGGCAAUCUCAAUUAUUAAUUUGCAAGUCAUACUGCGUGAAAUGCUGUAUGUGUUACACACACUUUAUUUUAGUACAGGGCACUCCAAAGGACAGGUAUAAGUCCGGCGCCCACUGCCA